CGCGUCCCCGCCGGCUUGCCGCGCGGGGAGGCGGGCCGGGGGCCGGCCGAGAUGGGAGAGAGCGUGUCCAAGAGGCUGAAGCUGCAACUGGGCGGCGAGGCGGAGAUGGAGGAGCGGGCUUUCGCCAACCCCUACCCCGACUACCAGCCCCAGGGAGCCGCGGCAGCCCACGGAGCGGCGGAGGCCCAGCGGGAUCGCGCGCUGCUGCCGCCGGCGUCGGAGGACGCUCUCCCCUUUGGCGCGGACGGGAAGGUCAGUGCUCAGUUCACAAAACGGAUCCAGACAAAAAUCAAGGACCUUCUGCAGCAAAUGGAGGAAGGGCUGAAGACAGCAGAUCCCCACGACUGCUCUGCCUAUACCGGCUGGACUGGCAUUGCCCUCUUGUAUCUCCAACUGUACCGUGUCACAAAGAACCAAAGCCAUUUGCAGCGAUCUCUAGAUUACGUGAAGAGAAUCCUUCGCAAUCUGAAUGGCAGACGAGUUACUUUUCUCUGUGGUGAUGCUGGGCCGCUGGCAGUGGGUGCAGUAGUUUAUCACAUGCUGAAAAAUGAAAGUGAAUCUAAGGAAUGUGUUGCUAGGCUGUUGCAGCUGCAAAGGACAGUCAUAAGCAUGGAUGCUGAACUUCCAGAUGAGCUGCUUUAUGGCAGAGCUGGUUACCUGUAUGCCUUGCUCUACCUGAAUACAGAAAUUGCUUCAGACACUGUUCCGCAGUCCAUUAUCAAAGAGGUAACAGAUGCCAUUAUUGAAUCAGGGAAAAACUUCUCGAAGGAGGAACGUAAAACAGAGCGUUGUCCUCUGUUAUAUCAGUGGCACAGGAAGCAGUACGUUGGAGCGGCCCACGGCGUGGCUGGGAUCUAUUACAUGCUAAUGCAGCCAAUUGCAAAUGUGGAUCAGGAGACCUUGACAGAGUUGGUGAAGCCAAGCAUUGACUAUGUGCGCCAUAAAAAAUUCAGAUCUGGGAAUUACCCAUCGUCAUUGAGCAAUGAGACUGACAGAUUGGUUCACUGGUGCCAUGGUGCCCCUGGAGUCAUCCACAUGCUCAUGCAAGCUUAUAAGACUUUUAAAGAGGACAAGUACUUGAAAGAUGCUAUGGAGUGUAGUGAUGUCAUCUGGCAAAGAGGUUUAUUGAGAAAAGGCUACGGGAUCUGCCAUGGUACUGCUGGCAAUGGCUACUCCUUCUUGUCUCUCUAUAACCUAACUCAGGACAAAAAGUACCUCUACCGAGCUUGCAAGUUUGCUGAAUGGUGUUUGGAAUAUGGUGCACAUGGAUGUCGUAUUCCUGACCGUCCUUAUUCUCUUUUUGAAGGUAUGGCUGGAGCUAUUCACUUCCUCUCAGAUAUUUCAGUACCAGAAACUUCCCGGUUUCCAGCGUUUGAACUUGGACCUCAGAGGAGAGAAGACAAAAUGGAACAGGACAGCUAAAGGGUUCUUUGGAAAGUAAACACAUGCCAAAAGAGAUGAGACUGUUUAGUGCCUCUGAUAUAGAGCCAACAUAACCCUAAGCUGAUUGAUGGAUAAACCGUUUCUCACUUCUCCUGCCCCAAGGGACAUGAAGUCCUUAGAGCAUGAAUUGAGAGAAGCUACAUUUAAGUUCUGUUAAAGUGACACCUUCACAUGCAGAACGAGAGAAGUCAAAUUUGAACUUUCUCUCUUUCAUUGUAUUUGUCUUCUUCAGGUCUUUGACAUGACCUGCAUGUUUAUUGGUGUUGUCUGUUGAUUCGAGUCUGUUGUUGUUAGCAAAGAGCUGUUCUCUGUGUGAAGCUCUGUCCUGUACCUUCAUGCAUGACCUGUAACAACAGUGUUGCUUUCUGCAGUGUGGUUAGCCUGAGAGCUCCACUUUAUGCCAGAGAGUUCACUGUAAGCGAGUACUCAGCUUCACUAGUGAGCUGACAACUUCAAAAAGAGAUGGAAAACAUGCUUUUCUUCAUUGCUUUCUACAUUUUUCUCCUCUACAGUCCCUAGGUCAUGGAGAUCAGCCUUGCCUGAUGAAUUGGUAUGAGGCCUUCUCAGUUUUCAGGAGUGUAUCAGGUUAGAUGUGGCCUGUGGCCUGACUUUUCUUUUGCUGUUUUAGGAGCUUUUUUUUUUUUGAGAGAGAAAGAAAGA